AUGGGAAGAACGUAUCGCGUAAUCUUUGGCGCAGAUAGGGCGGCGCUGUAUGUAAUCUGCCUGUUGUCGGUGUAUGUGCCCGGCCCUGCGGAUUCUUCUGUCUAGGAGCUGAGAGAAGGCAGGGUGUGUAUGCUGCCCCCCUGUGGAUGGUGUAAUAAGGUAGAGCAGCAGCUGAGACCAGUUCAGGUUUGAAGUGGAUUUGAAGGGUCUUCCCAUUAGAAAUACCCCACAAAUGACCCCAUGAUAAAAACUACACCCUCCAAAGUAUUCAAAAUGACAAUCAAUUUGAAGAUGGACCUAUACAGCCUAAAUGAUGAACAUUGCCUCCAACCAGAGGACUACUGCAAUGAUGGCUUCCAGCCCAUGUGUGAUAUUCUGCAGCCGGAACUUUCAGAUCGCAGCUCAGGUUCUGCUACCACUAUGUUCAGUGAUAAUUUGGGCAGGAUAGAAGAGAGCCUCCCAAGUGCUGAUAUGAUGUCAUCUGUUAAUAACAAAUGGGAUGCAGAUCUUGGCCUCAUUGAUGCAGAGGACAGCGUGUUACUGCUAAACAAGCCGUGCAAAGAGAAGGUGACUGCACUGGACUGUAAAGUGUGCAGAAAGGUCUUCUACAAUGCAAGCUCCCUCAGCAAACACAUGGUGACCCACAGUGAAAAGCGAAAUCACAUCUGUAGGGUCUGCAAGAAAGCCUUCAAAAGACAGGACCAUCUGAUGGGACACAUGUUAACACAUUUGAAGGUAAAGCCAUUCGUGUGCACAGAGUCUGGAUGUAACAAGAGUUACUGUGAUUUCCGCUCAUUGAGGAGACACUUUGAUGUUCACCAUGGACUGUUGAUCAAACAGCAGCAAGAACCAGCUACAAAGCCUUGUUUAAUACCAACCAAGGUGCUAGAGACUGAAUCUCUCCCACCAGUCCUCACCAACAAUGAGAUCAUGAGAUGCCCGGUAAACCAGUUUAUACAGCAGAAGGUCACAUCAGAUAUGGUGGUCUUACAAGAUCCCAUGGUCAACAAUGUUUCCCAGAUGAUGACCUUCCCCAGUAUGUCAAAUGACGAAUUUGCCAGUAUGACUACUUGUGCCUCGAUUCAUUCAUCUAGCAAAGUAUCUGUGGAUCCAGACAAUGUCAGAUGCUCAAAUCCUUCCGCAGAUAACACUCUGUGGGACCUUCUUCUGAAAAGUCAAAAAAUCAAGUCUGUGCAGGAUCAGCCAAAUAGUUACUCACCUUGGGCCUUUGAUGAAGCUUCAGUAAAUAGAGAAUAUAUAGAGAACUCUGCAGGAUAUCUAAACAGCCUGGAUUACAGGCAUAUGGCUCCUCCGGCAAGCUCUGGACAUGAGGCAAUGAGGGUGCAGUAUUUAUUUACAUGUGAAACAGACUUUACAAGACUUACUAUUCAGCCCAGUCAAAAUUCGGAAUUCCAGGUCCAAAACGCAGCAAACUUUAUUCCGACAAAUUCUCAGCCUGAGAUAUCUCAAACUGCACCACUAAGUCUUCCCAGAAUGUCCAUACCUCAAUAUAUUCCAGAAACAAAUGGCACAAGAGGCUCAGGUGACCGUCAGAUAGACCCUCAGGUAGCGCCAACUUUAUCCAGUAUCAUUGGUGUUACAGAAAACAGGACCAGUGAAAGCCAGACUGGUCCGGAAAAAGUGACUGGACAAGAGAAUCGACAGCUAUCAAGCAACAACAGUGAAACAUGGCCGAAGCCUGGGAGAUUUCAUUGCAAGUCCGCCAUCAACAAGGAAAAGCUGUGGUUCAAUUUGUCUAGUAUAGUGUCCCCAAGUCAGGCGGCUCUGGAGUCUUUUAUGGAGUCAAAUAAAUUCCAGGGUACUGAAAGAAUGUACAGACUUUCUAUAAGCAACCAGGGGGAUAUUGGAAAAGAGAGUGUGGGAAUCUCACAGCAUAAAGUGGAACCCACAGCAUCAACUCUAGAGUCUGGAUCCUGGACUACAAAGAGAACUACAGUAGGUCAGCUUGUUAUCCCGGUGUCUGUACCCUUUUCUGAGACUGAUCAACAGAAGAGGGAGACAGUCAUUACACAUACUACUAAAAAAGGGAAGAAGAAAAGUAGUUGUCCUAAGUCAUUAUACAUCCCCCCUCCAGUCGUGGAAAACACCCCUACCUCCUCUGGUUCCUUUCAGAGCACUAUGCGCUCGCCACACACUCCUCUUUCUGAUCUCCUGAAUGGCGCCCUACAGCACCAGUAUACGCCUCCUCCAAUGCUGAGCCCAAUACGGCGAGGCACAGGCCUCUACUUCAACACCUUUUGCUCUGCAUCCAGUGCCAAGUACCAACCUCCCAGUCUUAUUAAGAAAGAAACCGGGGAAUUUUUUUUUGUGAAAGACAACAUAGAGUUUUCUGUCCAACCGCACAUUAACAUCGGAGAUCAGUUCCAGGCGGUUAUCCCAGAAUGCAGAGAUCAGUUAGGACUAGAAAGAGAAGAGGAGAAGGCUGAUUUGGUCUGGAGACCCUGUUUAGACAAUGAAGCAAUGUCCAAUUUUGUAAAUCUUGCCUGCUCUAGUGCUGUACCCGGGGGAGGCCACAACCUGGAGCUCGGCCUGCAUUGUCUGUAUUUUAGUCAGGGCAAUAUCUUGGAAGCGCUGGAUAAGCUUUUAGUGAAAGGACCUCUGAAACUUCUUCUGCCUCGGUGUCUUGCAAAUUAUCACUAUGCUGGUUCUGAUCACUGGUCAGCAGCUGAGAAACGACAGUUUAAGAAAGCUUAUUCCAAGGAGGGGAAGGAUUUCUCCUAUAUACAGUCAAUGAUUCCUGGGAAGAGUGUUCAUCAGUGUGUGGAAUACUACUACACCUGGAAGACGAUCCUCAGCUUUGAGAGACGCCAGACUCCAGAACAGACACUCAGCGCAGAGCAGAGCUUUAGUGGAGAAGAACCUCAUGGGAAAAAGGAACCUCACACUGGAGUUAAAGUAAAGAGCAAGAAGCAGAAGAAAAAUGGAGAACCCAAGGGGAAUCCUCCCUUCAGUCAAAAUGAAAGUAGAGAUGGGGAAUACCCUAUAAAAUUUGUAUGUCCAGAGUGCAACAGAGUCUUUGAAAAAGUGAAGAGCAGAAAUGCUCAUAUGAAGAUUCAUCGACUGCAGGAACAAAAACGCUAGAACCAUAAAUUUACACUAAAGAAAGCGAUCACUCUCGUGCUGAUAGGAGACCCUGGUACAAGACCUGCAUUUACAAUUUAAAGUGACAGCGCACUUUUGUGUCCGUUCUCUUGACAUAGACACACAUCAGAUAGGUACAUCAGUGGGAGUCUGCUCAUGGUAUUGUCGCCCAGCUCACAGAACAAAUACCUCUGCUGUUUUUUACAGGUUUUUUUAUGCUGGGUUUUUCUGGAGUUCAAUAUCAUUGAUAUAAUAGCAUUUCAGUAAAAAAAAAAAAAAAAAAAAAAAAAAAAAAA